AUGGCGCCAAAACUGAACCGGUCGGGGUCCAUGUCGGGCCGGCUGGACGCGAAGGAGAUCCUCCACGGCUUCAAGCAGGCGCACCCGGGCGCCGUGCUGAUGCAGUUUGACGAGCAACACGCUAUCGCGUACACGCACGACAUGCAAGACUUUCUCAUGCCCAGGCAAUUCGCGGCGUGCGACGAUGUCUUCUGCGCGUUCGCCGGCAACAUCGAGAACCUCGCGCAGCUGCGGCAGCAGUAUGGGCUGGACCGGCACGUGAGCGAGGUGAAUCUGAUCAUCGAGGCGUACAAGACGCUGCGCGACCGCCGCCCGUACCCGCCCGACCAGGUCAUCGCGGACCUCGCGGGCGCGUUCGCGUUCGUGCUGUACGAUAACAAGGCGAAGAAGGUUUUCGUGGCACAUGACGCGCAAGGCAAGGUGCCCUUGUACUGGGGCAAGUGUCUGGACGACGGAGUGCUCGCCUUCUCAGACGACCCUGCUGUGCUCAAGGCCGGCACCGGCUCCUCCUUUGCCCCCUUCCCUCUCGGCUGCUUCUACUCAUCCGACGGUGGGCUGCGCAGUUUCACCCACCCGGAGAAGCAGCUGAAGGCCAUUCAGCACAUUGACAGCCAGGGGGAGCUGUGUGGCGCCACCUUCAAAGUCGAUAGCCAGCAGGACCUGACCCAGAUGCCUCUAGACCCCAAGGACGACAGUGGAAGGGGCUGGUCGUAA